AUGACCAGAUUCUCCUCGUUCCUUUAUGUUGCUCUAUUCGUUUCACUGGUCUUGGCCAGCCCAAUUUCACAGCAGAAAAAGCGCUCGUUCCGAGUACCAGUCAUACCGAAUCCGCAUUAUCGCCCACAUGGUCCUCGAGCAUACAAGCGAGCGCUGAAUAAAUUCGGCUUCAACGAUAUCACUUUCAAGGAUGACGGCGACAUUGCGACACGGCUCAAGGCAGCCUCAAACAUGACGACGCCUUUGGCAGAAAACACCCAGGAUGGAGCUGUUGCGACUGCCGGCACACAGAACGAUGCCCAGUUUUUGUCACCCGUGACGAUUGGAGGGCAAGAGUUGAUUAUGAACUUCGAUUCUGGCAGUUCGGACACCUGGAUCUUCAACACGAACCUGCCAGCUAGCGCACAACAGGGUCACACCGUCUACGACCCCACCAAGUCCAGCACCUUCAAGAACCUCUUGGCUGACUCGACGUUCAACGUUACCUAUGGGGAUGGAUCAGCGGUGUCAGGACCAGUCGGUGUCGAUACGGUCGAUAUUGGCGGGUCAACAGUCGCCCAGCAAGCCAUUGGACUUCCGGACGUUGUCUCAGAGUCUUUCAUCGUCGACAGCCAGUCGAAUGGACUGGUCGGACUCGCUUUCUCCAAGUUGAAUACAAUCGAGCCUCAGAGGCAAAAUACAUUCUUCGAAAACGUGCUUCCUGACCUGUCGCAACCAGUGUUUACAGCCCAGCUGUUGGGAGGCAAGAUAGGAGCUUACGAAUUUGGGCGAAUCGACUCGUCCGCCUUCACAGGAGAGCUAGCUCGAAUCCCCGUUGACUCCAGUGAAGGAUUCUGGAAAGUCCAGGCCGAUCUUGCAAAUGUGAAUGGACGAGAUAUUCCCAUCGAUGGAGGAUCGGCGAUCAUCGAUACAGGCACAUCCCUCAUGCUCGUGCAGGAGCAGAUGGUUGUCGGGUACUACAAUCAGGUGCAAGGUGCAGAGCUGAAUCAGCAAGUGGGUGGGAUCAUCUUCCCUUGCAAUGCUGCCCUACCAGAUCUCAAAGUCCGCAUCGGAGAUUCAUAUGUCGCGACAAUACCAGGCUCAGGCAUGAACUUUGCAGAGGUGGGCACAGACACUCAGACUGGAGAAGCGUUUUGCUUCGGCGGUCUUCAGUCGAACCAGGGUGUUCCAUUCGCCAUCUACGGAGACGUCUUCUUCAAGUCUCAGUUCGUAGCCUUCCAGGGCGGCAAUGAUCCUUCGAUAGGAAUCGCCCCUCACGUAUGA